AUGGGGAUUUCAACAAAAGUAGUUAAUUUGAUUGAAAAAAUAUACAGAAAUACUAGGUCGGUGGUAUGGACUGGAAAAGACGUAUCAGAGCAUUUCUAUACUUACACUGGAGUACGACAAGGAUGUUUAUUGUCACCAUUGUUAUUUACCUUGUAUCUAAAUGAUCUGCACGACGGGCUAGAAGGUGGAGUGCUGAUUGAUGAAUUAAAUAUUCGUGUGUUAUUGUAUGCUGAUGACAUAGUGAUUUUAGCGGAAGAUAGAGAAGUAUUGCAAAAAAUGAUAAAGAACUUGGAAAAUUAUUGCAUCCAGUGGAAUAUGGUUGUAAAUUUGGCAAAAUCAAAGAUAAUGGUCUUCCGAAAUGGAGGUAGACUAUCGACAAAUGAAAAAUGGAUAUAUCACAAUCAAGAAAUCGAAAUCGUGAAUGAAUAUAUUUAUUUAGGGGUCACAUUAACACCAAAAAUGACCUUCACAAAACAUGUCGAGGCCAGAAAUAUAAAAUCGAAAACGUGCAUAAAUGCUACCUGGAAGGAACUUAUAAAUAAGCCACAGAUAUCACUAAUAGCAAAAUGGAAAAUCUUUCAAAGCGUAUGUAGAACGACACAGUCUUAUGCGGCACAAGUGUGGGGAUUUGGAUGGUUCGAUGAAGUUGAUAAGCUACAGAGAUACUUCUUAAAAAGGGUAUUGAGGCAACCAGAUUCACUGCCAAACUACAUUUUAUCAUUAGAAACAGAUGUACAGGACAAUCACUUCUACACUCUAAAGCUUCACUUGGAUUAUGUUGGAACUACGUUAUUUAAAUAUGAAACCCGAAGAUUACCACAUAUACUGUCCUCCAAAAUAUGGGAGAAAAGAAUAUUUUGGGCAAAGACCAUAGAAACCUUGGCGUAUCAAGUAAAUAUUUCAACAUCUAAUAUAGAUAUAAAUACGCAGGAAUGGAUAAGAGAAAUGGACGAUAUGUCAAAUAAGCUAAAAAUACAGAACUAUAGACAAAAAAGACGGAGUGCAAAUGCCAGCGAAACCAGAUUUUACCGUUUUCUGAAUCCAGAGGUUGGAAUAGAGUAUAUGGCCAAUAGUAGGAAUUUGGAUCAGAUUUCUAUUUUAAUGAGAACAAGAGCCGAUGUACUCCCUUUAAAUGGAAACUACCAUGGAAAUGAAGAAACAAAGCUAUGUACUCUCUGCAAUACACGUGAAGUCGAGAAUAUGCAACAUUUCAUUGCCAAAUGUCCAAUAUUAUGUGAAAUUAGACUGUCCAAUUCGCCAGCUGUUAAUCUGGAGCACCGUUCUAUGUGGGACAUUUUAGAUGUCAGUAUGAAUGCUCUGAAGAAAGGCAUUGUACGGCAAUGGUCCAGAAUACCGGCAGAUUUCAUUCCAACAGCAAUCAAUUCGUUUUUUGACGAACCAGGAGAAAUAUUCAAGGGAAAAGGUGGUCAUAUCGACGCCAUGGGAUAG